CAUAUAAGGCGGCGGCGGUGGCGCCGGGCAGCAGCUGCCGAGCCGAGCCAGCCCGCAGCGCUCGCCCACCGCCCCGGCUCUGGAACCGGCACCCUCCGAGCGGCCGCCGGGAGAUGGAAACCGUGCAGGAGCUGAUCCCCUUCGCCAGGGAGAUGCUGAGCCAGAAGCCCGGCAGGAAGAUGGUGAAGCUGUACGUGCUGGGCAGCGUGCUGGCCUUCCUCGGCGUGGUCAUCGGCCUGGUGGAGACGGUGUGCAGCCCCUUCACCGCCCAGGGCAGGCUGGAGGAGGAGGAGGAGAGGACACCUGCCCCGAGGCGAGGGCAGAUGCUCGCCCAGAAACGGGAGGAUGUGAUCUUGGGCAAGGGCGCGAAGGCGGCGGUGGUGCAGAGGGCCCUGGUGACCAGACCGCAUGCGUCCUGAGCGCCCCACGCACGAGAGACUCUGCUGUCUGCUUGUACCCGCGGUGGUUCCAGCGAGGAGGGAGAAGGGCUGCCUGGAGGAGACCACCGGGCUCGGAAGGAGUGAACGGUUCUAUUUGCUGCUGUGCAGCAGUGGGGGGAAAAAUACCUUUUGUUGGUAUAAAAAUGUGCAAGAUGCACAGCACGGUUUCUUAUUUUUCUUACAGUUGCAUUUUACAACAUUUUGCAAAAUCAAUAAAUAUUUUAUACAGUA